AUGUCUUCCACACCAGCAGCAACAGCAGAUGAUAUUGCCAAACAUGGCUGGAGCGCCUUUCCAGUGGACGGCAAUGCUAUCCUCAAUGGGAAACCCUAUCUACACAAACCUUCGCCCCUGACAGUGAAGGAUAUCCCGUUUCCCUCCAACGAUGCUAUCGUCGCUAGGAUUCAAGAAUACGCCAGGAAGAAUCUUAUCGAAGAAACAUACAAUCAUUCAAUGCGGGUUUACCACUGGGGAUAUUCCAUCCUCAAAGACCAAUUUCCCGAAGAAUUUGGCAAACUCUCCUUGUCCACAUGGGCGCUGACGUGCCUCCUCCAUGACAUCGGCACUACGCAAGAGAACCUACGAGCAACACUCCUGUCAUUUGAAUUUUACGGAGGAAUCUUAGCCCUGAAUCUAACUAAGGAACUCGGUGCACCGCCAGCCCAGGCCGAGGCCGUAGCGGAGGCAAUCAUCCGGCACCAGGACCUAGGUACUGUCGGUAAGAUCACGUUUCUAGGACAGCUCAUCCAGCUCGCGACCAUCUACGACAACAUGGGAAUCAACCCGCAGAUCAUCGACGCGGUUACCAGGGAUGAUGUCAACAAGGCGUAUCCGCGCAAGGGCUGGAGCGGCUGCUUCUCGAAGACUAUUGGGGAGGAGAAUGGGGCUUAA